UAAUCGCACGAUUUUGUUCAAGCCACAGCACAAAUCACCGUCCCUUUGAGACUUUUUCAUUCACAUUAUUUAAAAAAAAAACCAACAAAAACUUUCUUUCCAGUUUGCAAAGUCAACUCCUGUUUUGUUUUUGUUUUUCCGGAAAUUAAAAAAAAAAACAAAAAGAAACAAAAAGAAAACUUUGUAAACUAUAUUAAUCAGGAUUCCAAUUGGUUUGGAAGAGAUACAGAUUUGUAGUUGAAGAAGAAGAAGAAGAAAGAGGAAAAUAAUCAAUCAAUCGAAUCGGAAUUGGGAAGAGAAUGGAGAAAGAAGAAGCGAGUCGUGGGGAAAGUGGGCAUGUGGUGUGCGGAUCAUGGAUUCGUCGCCCCAAGAAAGUCAACUGGGCCAUCAUCGCCAGAGCUGCCAAACGCCGUGGCUCCUCCUCUCCUGCCCUCCUUCACAUCUUCUCUUUCGAUCCCAUCACCACUUCCCUCUCCUCCUCUCCCUUGGCAACACAUGAGCUUAAGGAGAGUGAUGGUGAUCCUAUAGCAAUCUCUGUGCAUCCUGGUGGUGAUUAUUUUGUUUGCUCUACCUCCAAAGGUGGUUGCAAGUUGUUUGAGAUCGUGGGAGGAGCAACAGGUGUUACAAUCUUAGCCAAAGAACUCCCUCCUCUUCAGAAUGCUGGGCUACAAAAAUGUAUGGCCUUCAGCUUUGACGGGUCUAAACUAGCUACUGGAGGAGUGGAUGGGUGUCUAAGAAUAAUGGAGUGGCCAAACCUAAGUGUAAUUUUGGAUGAGCCAAAGGCACACAAAUCCAUCCGGGACAUGGAUUUUAGUCUUGACUCAGAGUUCUUAGCCACAACAUCAACUGAUGGGUCAGCUAGGAUAUGGAAAGCAGAAGAUGGUUUUCCUUUGUCAACUUUGGAACGUAGUGGGGAUGAAAAUAUUGAACUGUGCCGGUUCUCUAAAGAUGGAACAAAACCCUUUCUGUUCUGUGCUGCUCAAAGAGGUGAUGUUCCUGUGGUCAAUGUUUACGACAUUAGUACAUGGAAGAAGCUUGGGUUCAAGAAGCUGUCAAGGAAGAAUGCAUCGACGAUGGCAGUGAGCUUGGAUGGCAAAUAUAUUGCUUUGGGUGGCAAAGAUGGAGAUAUAUCUGUAGCUGAAGUGAAGACAAUGGAGAUAUACCAUUACAGUAAGAGGCUGCAUCUUGGUCAAACCAUUGCUUCACUUGAGUUCUGCCCUAGUGAAAGGGUGAUGCUGACAACAUCGAGUGAAUGGGGUGAGAUGGUGACCGAACUCACUGUACCAAAGGAGUGGAAAGAGUGGCAGAUAUAUGCGCUGUUGUUUUGCUUGUUCAUGGCAUCAGUGGUACUUGCAUACGUGUUCUUCGAGAACUCAGAUUCGUUUUGGAAGUUGCCAAUGGGAAAAGAUCAAAGAAGACCAAAGAUAAGUCUCUUUGGAGGUUCAUCCUCUACGCCUGCCGAGGAUCAUAACAAGUGGAACUUGGACCUAUAGAUUGAAAGAGAGAUAUUUAUGUGUAAACUCCACACGGGACGUUUUCUGUCUUUUUGUUUCUUUUCAAAACUUUGUCACAUGUUUUUAUUUUCCUCCUUUUCCUCAGCUCUGAUUAUCUGACAGUAACUCUUUCGGUUCUGGAAUUAAAAAUUAAAAAUACGUUUUGGUUUCAA